AUGUAUUUUGCCUUCAUCCAACGCUGUAUACUAGUCAUUGAAUGCAGGGGGAUUUUCACCCAACGUGUACGUCUGCCUAAAGUGCUAUCAGGCUUUCAAACCAGAGAACACAUAGCAUGGAUAGGGGGCAGCAGCUGCAUUCAAGCUGAGACAAACCAGUGCCACUUGGUUGGUCAGCAGAGGAGAAAGACAAAUGGCAAAAGUACACCGGAAUUUCAGCCCGAACUGCCCUCCCACAAACAGCAGAAGUAUUUAUAUGGGCCACGAGAGAGGGAAAUAAUUCAGAAUUAUGAAAGGAGAAAUCAAAGAGUAUCUCUCAGCUGGUUGACAGUGUAUCGAUAUAUAGAGGCACUCUGGACAAAGAUAUGGGGAGGGAAAAGUGUUAAAGAAGAUAACAAACGAAUGUCUAGUGCCUUCCAGGCACUUUCGGACAACAAUCUUUUGUCUGACCUUGGUGGCGUCGCCUGUAACAAUCUUCUGUAUAUGGCAUUGAAUACUAAGACUGCCUCUAAACCUUUCCUCAUGGAGCUUGAAAAUCAUUGCGCAUUGUUUUGGCAUUCGUGGCCUCUGUACACAAGGAUUCAUCAGGCACAGCUGUGGCUUUUCUUGUCCAAGAAAUAUGACCACAUGUUCAUGAAGAGCGAGAUUGAAGAUUUUCUUCAGUCUGUUACAUUAGAUCCCGCCUACUCACGCCUACAUAUUGUUGACAUAUUGCUGCUGUGCCAAGUUCUUGUCUACCACAACCAGUUGAGUGUGUCAAUGAAGUCGCCUUUAAGUAAGGAAGUAAAGAGCAAGCUGAAGGAUGUUGUUGGUGUUAUUGAAAAGAGGAUAUUUCUGGAUGAAAAAAAUGAAAUGAGUGAAAUUAAUUUACAAAAUGUACAGGAUAUUAUUCUGAUUAAGAACUUGUUGAAAAGAAAUGCUGUUGAAAUGGUCGUACCCAUGUUGGAAUUUCUACAAAGAAAAUGGCAGCUACACUGUGAAGAUAGAAAAAAAAAACCAACUUCCACGGAUGAAGAGCUCUUUUUUAAAUGUUUAAUAGGUGUAAUAGAAACAAUUAACGUGGCCCAUGUGGAUUACCUUUCACGGAUUGCUCUCCUCGCCUAUGCUGGGGACAUGGUCAAGACAUGUACCAGCCAAUUUCAGCUGCCCCAAAGAGCAGCGCUGGUUUUCCGCCUAACACAGAAGGGAUACUAUGACCAGGCUCUCAUGGAUGAUGUCAUUUCCAGUUUCCUAGGAGACGUCAAGGGAGCAGGUAAAGUUGCGGACUUCACUGUGAUCACCACACUCUUGCAUACCUCUGCAGCCAUGGACUACAGCCAUUCUGGUUUCCUGAACAAAGUCUCUGAACUACUACUCCUUCCCUCGACGAGGCUGGAAAUAAAUCGCCACCCACAGAUAUUGCUCCCCAUAUUAAACGCCAUGCUGUGUCUGGGGGCGAACUGUGAUGGUCUCUUCGACUUGCUCUUCAGCCAGAAAUGCAUGAUGGGACUUGUGGGGAAUGUGCUGCAGAAUCCUGAUCAUGCCCAUCACAAGAUUUUGCCUGUUCAUCUAAACAGAGUCUGUGGUCUUCUGGAAGUUGAAGGUAUUGUUCGGCAUGCAGUUAGAAUACCGGCAGAGAUAUAUGAUAUGUCAGUUAUGAAAGAAGCCAUUUCUAGUCCAAAUAUUAUGGACUCCAUAGAACUGAACGUGAAUACCAUCCUGCUCGCUGCCAUUCAGAAGAUAUUUGACUACACGAACAAAGCAAGACUGGUCACUUUACCUUACUUAAAGUCUUGUCAUGUGGAAUUUUGUUUAGAUGGAGAUGGGAACCCUUUGGAUCUGCUUGCUGCUGGAGUGCCUUCCUUGGUGGACUUGAAUGGGAGAGUGAAGAUGGACGCCAAAGCAAAGAUGGCCGAAAAAAACAGGAGGGUAGCUGUUAUCCUUGAAAAAGAGGAGCAUUUCUUUGUCAACAAGUCUGGUGUUGAUGGCAGGGUUCUUGUAAAUGGCUGGGAAAAACGUCAUCGCAGACAUCUGAGUCUGUUGGGCUAUCACCAUGUGGUCACAGUGCCAGCAGACGCAGUGCUAGACCAAAGAGAACAACUGCUCAGUUUCCUCAGGCAAGAGUUCCAGAAGAUUCCGUGUAUGAAAUUAUGAAAUUGAUCUAAUGGAAAAAAGAGAGGUUGAUAUUAAUAUAUACUCUUUGAAUUCCAUCCAUUUUCCCCAACAGUGAUAACAGUAAUCAUCUUUUUUUUUUCUUUUUUUU